CGAGGAAGUCAAGUCCCGACAAGAGCUUCUAGAUGGUUACCUCUUACGCACUAGCGCCAAUGGCUAAGCCCACGCUCCGACGACACCAUUCAACCUACCCCAGCAAUACGGCACUACUACCUCCUAGCUUGCACUGCAGGCAUCAUCAACCGUAGCAACAGCAGUUGCAGUUUCAGCGCGCAUUCGACACGAUGGUUGCGCAGCGUCAUGCCGCCUUUGCGGAGGAGUCUGCCGAGGUGGAGGUGCUGUAUGCGAGCCUGGACAAGAUGAAGAGCGUGUCAAAGAAGAUACAAGGUUCCAUGUCGCGCCUGAAUGAGACGGGCAGGACGGUGCAGGACGCGAUUGGGCCGAUAUAUGGGAAUACGCAGCGACUACAGGCACAGAAUGUCAACAUCGAGCGGAUACUGCAGGCUAUCGAAAAGGUCAAGCAGCCACUCGAUAUGCGUAACAAGGAGGAGCGGAUCUUGAGUAACAGGCCGGAGAAGGUGGGCUUGACCGAAUACAUUGCGAGUAUGGACAGGACAAAUCAAGCUCUGCGAGAACUCAAGACGACCAACUUGCGGUCGAACCAGAUGGCGAUAUCAGAGUUGAGCUCGCUGCUGGCAACUGGGGCGGGGAAUCUAGAGAACGUGUUCAGGGAUAUGCUUCGACAGGACUCACAGCCCAUCGAGCCGCUCAAACAGAUCACAACGUCGCAAGACUUUCCGCGCAUCUCUUCUAGCAAGUCGGGGCAGUUGCGGACAAUCAACACUAAUAUAUCCAAUUAUCAUUCCCAAGUCGCUCCUCAGAGCGAUCUGACCCACGCCGGCAAGGUCUAUGCUCACGAACGAGGCCAGUACAUUGCUCUCUCUCUCCAGAACCUGGCUUCAGCCACGCUUUCGACUGCCAAGAAGUCACAAGCAGAUGCCAUAUAUCGACCUGGAACCUGUGCCAUCACCACCUACGCGACAGGGCUGCAGGGCAUGGUAGUUGCUGAAUACGACAGCAUAUGUCCAGUAUUUCAACGCGAGGAGUGGGGUGCUGUUCUGCGAGCGACACUACAAGAGGCAAUGAAGACUUUCACUGGAACGCUACGUGACCUGGAUGCUCACAUACGAAAUCACUUGCUCACAGACUGCUACCUUGGCUAUGAGAUUAUUGACGUGGUGACGAAGAUGGGCCUUACCAUCGAGCAACACACGAGCGAGUUGAAGCAAGUCAUGUACGACGCGCUCAAGCCUGUACGGGAGACAUCCAAGUCUUCGUUGUCCUUACUACUCAACGACAUACGGGUCAAAGUCAGCCAAAUGCUUCAAAUACCUGCAGAUGGCGCCUCCUUGCCCAUUACUACAGAUGUUAUGGCACGCUUGCAGACCAUGACUGCCUAUCUAGUUCCGCUAGCAAGUAUCAUGCGUAGCUUGGGCGAUGGCGGGUGGAAUCAGCCAGGCAACAUGGGUAGCUCGUCAUCGUCAGUGCCUACCAUCAAGUCCUUUGACGUCGGCGCAGAUGGUAAACAGUUGUUUGCCCACUACGGCACCGACACCAUCGAGACCUUGAUCUCUUCCCUCGAUGCGAAAGCGCGCGGACUCCAGAAAAGCAAGAGCUUGCAAGGUGUCUUUCUUGCCAAUAAUAUCGCUGUUGUCGAGCGGAUGAUAAGAGCAUCCGAACUGGCGAUUUUGCUCGGUAGCGCGCAGCCCAAGGUGGAUUCGUGGAAGAAGAAGGCGACGCAAAUGUAUAUUGAGGCCUGGAGAGAGCCUUCGGGGCACCUGCUGGACGUGCAGUAUACUUCCAAGCAGCCUCGACCACCUUCCACCGGCCAUGCUGUGGACAGUUCGGCAAUUUUGAAGUCACUGUCCAGUAAGGACAAGGAGAUCAUCAAGGAAAAGUUCAAGAACUUCAAUGACUCUUUCAACGAAAUUGUGGCGCGGCACAAAACAUUCAAGAUGGAGUCUGAAGUACGAAGGCAGCUCGGCCGAGAUGCGCAGAUGUUUAUUGAACCGCUUUAUGCACGAUUCUGGGACCGAUACCACGAGGUGGACAAGGGCAAGGGCAAGUAUGUCAAGUUCGACAAGAGUGGGCUCAGCAGCAUUCUAGCCGGACUGAGCUAGUGCUGUUGUGGCAAGGACGCAGGGGGGGAGGGGGAGUAUGUAAGAAUACCUUAAUGAUACCCAUGAUUGAUCCAUCGAACGCGGAAGGCACACGCUCAUACCUACAGGUACCUGGUACCUUAUCAGCAAACUUGAGCUGGUGUGUCGGUACUCUCGUCGGGCAGUUUCGACGAGACCAGCACGGUAUAUCUUGUUCGAAUGAGAGCGAUUAUACAUGUACCUUACGCUAUGAAAUGCUAUGAAAUGCAGU